GCAGAGGGCGAGGAAGGGAGGGUCGUACACAGACAGAUCACAACUGUUGCAUAUUCUCUUCUAAAUACCGCGAUUUACUUCUUUAUUUUGACCAAUUCCUUCAACUAAUUUGGUCAUACUUGUAUAAUUCAUACUACAGAAAGCAGGAAUAAAGAGCUAGGCUUGAGGGACUUCUUCCCAGCUCCUCAUCAAGAUGUUUUCUGUUCAUCUGCUCGCCUACUAUUUCUAUGUUCUCUCCAAACUCAAAGAGGAUCCCACGAAGAAGGUGGACAGGUUCCUGUACUCCAUGCGUCUGAACGACGACCAGCUGAGAGACGUCUCGGCGCGGCCUGCAGAGAUGCAGGACGUUCUGUCCUCGCAGAGCAGCGCCGCCGAAUCCAUCAAGAUGCUGCCAACCCACGUGUGCUCCACUCCGGAUGGAUCAGAAAACGGAGACUUCCUAGCAUUAGACAUGGGAGGCUCCAGGUUUAAGGUGCUCCGGGUGAAAGUGAGGCAGCAAGUGGGGAAAAAAGGAGGAGUGGAGAUGGAGGAGAAAACCUACCCUAUACCCAAAGAGCUCCUGAAUGGAAAGGGAUCGGAGGUAAGGGAUGGAGUCAGAGCCUCAGAGGUCCAAGCAUUGAAGCUGGGAAGAAGGAAACACCCACUGGGCUUCACCUUCUCCUUCCCCUGUCACCAGAACACCCUGAACCAGGGAGUGUUGCUGAACUGGACUAAGAACUACAGAGCCAGAGGAGUACAGGGUAAAGACGUGACCCGGGCCCUCAUGGAGUCCAUCCAGAGAACAGGAGGUAUGGAUGUGGAGCUGCUGGCCUUAGUGAACGACACCGUGGGAACCAUGAUGACCUGCGCUUUCGAUGAUCCGUACUGUGAAGUCGGGCUCAUUAUCGGCACAGGGACCAACGCGUGCUACAUGGAGGAGCUGAGGCACAUCAACCUGGUGGAGGGCGAUGAGGGACGCAUGUGUGUCACCACAGAGUGGGGGGCCUUCGGGGACGACGGGGCCCUCAAGGAUUACAUCACCGAUUUCGAUCGCGACAUCGACGCUGCCUCCGCCACACCUGGAAAGCAGAUUUUUGAGAAGCUGAUCAGUGGUCUGUAUCUGGGCGAGCUGGUGAGGUUGGUGGUUCUGAAGAUGGCCAAGCAGGGACUGUUGUUUGAAGGCCAUGCUCCCGACGCCCUGAGGACCAAAGGGAAGAUCACCACAGCCCACGUUGCCUCCAUGGAACAGUACAAGGACGGCCUGCGCAACACCCGGGCGAUCCUCGAGGACCUGGGCCUGGCCCCCUCGGACGACGACUGCGUGGCGGUGCAGCACGUCGGCACCGUGGUCUCCUUCCGCUCCUCCAACCUGGUGGCGGCGGGGCUGGCGGCCAUCUUGACCCGCGUCAGGCAGAACAGGAAGCUGAAGACCCUGCGCAUCACGGUCGGGGUGGACGGCACCGUGUACAGGACACACACACAGUAUGCCAAACGACUCCACAAGGUGGUGCGCCGGUUAGUUCCUGACUGUCAUGUCCGAUUCGUCUUAUCAGAGAGUGGCAGCAGUAAAGGGGCUGCCAUGGUAACGGCAGUUGCACAGCGACUUGCCUCGCAGCGGCGUCAGGUGGACGAGGCACUGUCGUCCCUCAAGCUGACCCAGGAACACCUGGGAUAUGUGAAGUCCAGAAUGAGGGCGGGACUAGAGGCGGGGCUAAAAUCACAAGGCCCCUCCCCUGUUAAGAUGCUGCCUGCCUAUGUGUACCGAACCCCAGAUGGCACAGAGCACGGGAACUAUCUGGCCCUGGACCUGGGAGGGACCAACUUCAGGGUCCUGCUGGUGAAGAUCCGCAGCGGCCUGAGUCGCUCCGUCCGCCUCUACAACAAGAUCUACGCCAUCCCCCUGGAGGUCAUGCAGGGGACAGGGGAGGAGCUGUUUGACCACAUCGUGCAGUGUAUCAGUGACUUCCUGGACUACAUGGGCAUGAAGAACACUCGCCUUCCGCUCGGCUUCACCUUCUCCUUCCCCUGCUACCAGAAAGCCAUAGACACGGGCACCUUGGUGAGCUGGACCAAAGGCUUUAAGGCCACCGGCUGUCAAGGAAAUGACGUGGUGGACAUGCUGAGGGAGGCCAUCAAGAGACGCAACGAGUUUGACUUGGACAUCGUAGCGAUCGUCAACGACACAGUUGGCACGAUGAUGAGCUGUGCCUAUGAGGACCCGCAGUGUGAAAUAGGACUCAUCGCCGGCACCGGCAGUAACGUGUGUUACAUGGAGGAGCUGAGCAACGUGGAGAAGAUUCACGUCCCGCAGAACGGGAAGGAAGGGGGGAACGGGGGGAAGGUGGAGGAAGAGAGGACGGAAGCGCAAGCUAAAGACGGGUGCGAAGCCGGGGAGGAAGAGGAAGAGGCAGAGGAGGAGGAGCAGAGCAGCCCCAACGUGAGGAUGUGUAUAAACACAGAGUGGGGGGGCUUGGGGGAGGACGGCUGUCUGGAUGACAUCAUCACGCCCUACGACAGCGCUGUGGACCGCGAGUCGCUCAACCAGGGGAGGCAGAGAUUUGAAAAGAGACAGGGACUGUAUUUAGGAGAGAUCCGUACGGCCGUGGAUCUGACCAGCGGGCAAGGUUGUGUUCAGAGAACGUCCACUGAAGCCUUAAAAACACCGGGGAUAUUCCACACCAAAUACCUUUCACAGAUAGAGAGUGACCGCUUGGCGCUACUGCAGGUCAGAUCAAUUCUACAGCAGCUGGGGCUGGAGAGCACUAUCAAUGACAGCAUCGUCGUGAAAGAGGUGUGUGGUGCCGUGUCCCGUCGAGCUGCUCAGAUGUGCGGGGCGGGGAUGGCUGCGGUGGUGGAUAAGAUCAGAGAGAACCGUGGACUGGACCAUCUGGACGUCACCGUAGGGGUGGACGGGACGCUGUACAAACUACACCCACAUUUCUCCAUGGUGCUCCAGGACACCGUGAGGGCCCUGGCCCCCCAGUGCCAGGUGACCUUCACCCUGUCUGAGGAGGGCAGUGGGAAGGGAGCGGCCCUGAUCACGGCGGUGGCCAGAGGCGGCCCAGCCCGCUCCUAACGGCGCCCUCCGUCCCACGGCCCACUUCAGUUCACACGGACCGUCUCCUCUCCAACCAUCGCCAUUCAUAUACGGGACGUCCGGAAGACAAACAGGACAUUUAUAAAUUGUUAUCUGGUUUAUUGAUCUUUAUUGAGUUUCUGAGCUUGAGUAAUUAGGUUUAUGCCCCUUAUGUCGAACAGCGACUGCUAUUGACAGUUGGUGCUAUUGACCCCUCAUUUUUCCAAAUGUCAUAUUUUCCUCGCUUCACAACUAAUCUAGAUGUAACCGCAGUCACGGUCACAAUGAGGCCCCAUUAACCAUGGAGUACAGUGAGUUAGCCGACGUUUUAGCUUGUCUUGGCUCGUACCAUGAGCUGUUUUCUGUGUUGAUUGUUUACCGACACUAUAUGUGGUUGCUGCUGCCUGAUUUCAGUAUUUUUAAUGACUCGAUGUUCAUUUUAAGGACUAGCCGUUUCUCCUAGCCAUCUUACGAAAAACAGACUUAUAUAUACUAAUCACAGAAUUAUCAGGGAUUUUAAAAUAUGUAUAUAUUUUACAUGCAAAAAUAAAUAAUAAUUAAUUUCUGUGUGAUUUAAAAUAUAUGUUUUUG